AUGGUAUGUGUAGGAGGUCAGAAGAGUGUGAUAACGUUGACGUUUGUGUUGGGUUUGCAGCGUUUGAGGCCUACGGCGUUUUACUUACUGGACGAGGUCGACUCUGCUCUUGACGAACAUUACAGACAUAAACUCGCCAAGUUGUUAUCCUCACUCAAUACACAAAUUAUUCUCACCAGCUUUAAAGAGGAGUUGCUAAUGCCGUCUGAGGUGUUUUAUGAGAUAACAAACGAAAAUGGAGUCAGCCACACAAAGGAAGUCACACUCAACAAAGCCAUCGAAAUUAUUCAACACGAGCCUUUAGGACUAAGUAAUUAGUCUCGGUUCCACACAAAUUUUUCUAAUUUAUUUCACAUGGUGCAAAAUUUUAAAUUUAUCAAUAUUAUU